GGCCGCGGCGGCCCGAGGAGCAGCAUGAAUCUGCGGCUCUGCGUGCAGGCACUCCUGCUGCUCUGGCUCUCCCUGACCGCGGUGUGUGGAGGGCCCCUGCUGCAGCCUCCUGACGGGAAGGGGCUGGAGGAAGGCAAUGUCCACUACCUGGUGCAGCCCAGAGGGUCGAGGAACGGACCAGGGCCCUGGCAAGGAGGUCGGAGGAAAUUCCGCCGCCAGCGCCCGCGCCUCUCGCAUAAGGGCCCCAUGCCUUUCUGAAGCAGGACUGGAGGGGCCCCCAAGUGCUCACCCCCUGCGACUCUCUACUCCGUAGAUUGGUCUGCUUCUCUGGAGCCCUCACAUCCAUUUGCCGCUCAUCUUGUACCUGUCCUAGCUGCUGAUGGUCCCGGCUCUUCUCACCCACCAGCUGCCCUGAAUGGGGUGGUCCUGCCCCUAGUUUGGAUGAUUCCCUUUCUCUCACAAGGAUCCGUUCAUCCCUUCUUCCCAGCCCUGCCCCAGACUGACUUUGGAGACCCUGCACUGGAAGGCUGUCCUUCUUCUCCCCGGCACAUCCCCCCUCCCCGGCCCCAG